AUGUCGGAGAAUAUCCUCACCAAAAGUGUUUUAGAUACAGAAAAUUCCUUGACUAAGGCAACAAUAACUGCUAGAAACCUGUCAGAAGUACUACGAUUACGCGAUGCAUAUCCUAGUAUUCUCCCUGUACCUAUAAUCAAGUCUCAAAAGCUUCUACAUUUGAGCAGCAGUAUUAGGCCUGACUUGAUAAAUACGCCUUUUGACGCUAUCUCAUCCUCAGCAACUCGAACAACUCCAAAUUUUAGGCACGAACCCCGAUACACAACUACCAUUAAGACAAAUUUUAGCCUGCCAGGUGCAGGAUCUGUACAACAUGGUACCAGUCUGUCACAUGAAAUCGAUAAUUCCAAUGACCAUCCUGGCAUGAGCUAUACUAUUGACAAUAUUGCUACAAGGAAUGAGCACCUCAGAAUAAAUCGUCUUGAUACAUCUCUUGGCGUUAAGCCACCUUCGCUUAUAUCUGGUACUUCCAGAAAGUCAGCUCGCCACGGUCUAUUAAAGCCUUCAGUAACUGAAAGUCAGCCUGUAGAUAACGGUCUACCAAUUCCUCCGUUGUUGUCGUCUCUAGAAGCUAGUAAUCCUGAAGUCUCGCAGAACACUCGUAGCGAAAAUAAAAAUGAGUUUCUAAUACUAAAAAGUAAGCCUCAUGAAACUAUUGAAUCUCCCGCCCUACCCGUAAAGGUAGAAGGACAUCAUAAUUUAACCCAUGAUAUCGGUAAUGAAAUACGACUUUAUGCUCCUGAUGAGUUAACUUACCUUAAGAGUGAAAAGAAAAUUGUGGCUAGAAUAGAGGGUCUUGCCAACAAGUCACCCAAUGAAUUUAUAGGAUCCGAACCUGAGAAAAGAGAGUUACCUAAAGAUAGAAUAGCCAAAUUAAAGCCACAUACACUUGCUAUUCGUGCCUCCCCAAGUCUUGUCGAUAUUCCCCCGCCAAUUCCAGCGACAGCUAGAAGUCCUCAUAGAUCUAAUGAUAAACUAUUAGCGUCUCAGCGGGUUUAUAGCUCGGUAGAAGAGCCUGAUUCUAAAAACUUGGAAUCUAUUUCCAACACACAAGGCUACUUGCUGGGCUUUCACCCACAAGAGUAUCAUAAGAAUUUCAACGAAGCAAGCCAAUACUUAGAAUCGAAAAGUGUGUCAAAAACAUUACGUCAUAAGUCUGACACCGAAUCAAAGCUUCUGGCGGAGAGAAAUUCGGAUGUACAUGAUAAUAUCGAGACUCCUCCAGAUUUUGAACAGGCUUGCCAGAUAAACUUAAAUCCGGUAUCAAGUAGAAGUGGCUCAGCAAUAUCAUUACCUGUGGCGGCUUAUCCCAUUGAUCAAGGACCUAUUCACCAGGAGUAUAGUCAUUUUACCAAAAAUAUGUACAGUUCGGCGAUAAAGUUAAAUCCUGACUCAAAGGCAACUUUUUCUGACUCUCAAGUUAAAGCCAUGGUGGCUCAACCUAGCUCGCUUGACUUAGAUGCAUCAGAUACUGUGCCAAAUAAGAUGUCUCCAAAGCCUAGCCCCAAGCAACAAGAAGGUCUAAAAGCGAGAAAUGCUCGUGCAAUAUCCAAUCCCAACACCAUACCCGCUAGACACUCAUCAAAAUGCUUAAUUGAUGGAAAAUUACCAAGUCGACAAAAUUCAAUAGAUGCAUCUAAACAUAGCAGACCUGGUACAUUGAAACCUCUGAUAGGAGAAACUUCUAUGGAGAAGCAAAAGGUUCAGUUACGGACUUCAGUAGCCAGAUCUCCUACGGGGUCUCUGGUGGCAGAAAAAAGUCAAAGUAUGAUGAAUAUAUUGCUUGCGCGCCAACUAGAGACCGAGGAAGACAAGCUAUUCUUCAAAGAUGUUGUAAAUUGGUUGAAAGAUUUAGUCCCCAAUAAUACCGCUUAUGAAAGUCAACUCACCGCAAUGCCGCCCCGCUCUCGACCAUACGUACAGAAAGCCGAGCCGAUAACGGCGCCUGAUAAACUGCAAAAAGUUAAAAUGCUUUAUGAUGGUGCUCUUAGCCAGGAGCCCGAGACAAUUAAAACAAAAGCACUCCCCUUGUCUGAUAAAAUUUCUGUUGUAGAACAAGGUCAAGGAGACGUUGACUCAGAAAGCUUCGCGAAUACCAUCGAAAAUCUGGAGACACUUUUGAACGAAGCUCUAUUAAUUGCCGGAAAAGCUACUGAAAAAUCGGCAUCAGUUGCAAAAAGAAAACCCUUCGCAUGCUCUUAUCCCAACAAAAUGUCUCGUACUAGCCACAUGAACGCUAAAGAUCGCUUGAAAAAGAAGAACACUCAAAUAAAAUCAGCAGUGCCUUUACCUGAUACCUACCAGGAAAACUCUGAUGAUAUUAAUAAUCCAGACCCACUACCGUAUAAGAUUAAUAAGACCGUAUACAUACCACGGAAGCGACUUGAUACCGUAUUUUCAGAAGUGUAUGCGAUGAAUGAGCGAGUUGGCAGUUUAAAGCCACCAGAAAAUGUGCCUAGCUUAAAUAUCCCUCACAAUUCAAUGGAAAAAAUGGCGUAUGGACUCGAGGAAACCCCUCAAGAGAGCUUCGAAUUAACAUUACGGCACCUACCUUCCAAAAAUUCAGAUCAAGAGUCGAUUGGACAAGAAUCCCUUAGAUUCAGCAAAGUUCCAUCUUUCAAAGCUCAUCUUAAGAAAAAAAAUGAUGCACACAAAGGCUCUAAGCCAUUACUAGUAGGUCUUAGUAACGUUGAAAUCGAUAAAUAUUUAGACCAUCCUGAACAAAAGGAUGAAUUUAUAAACAUUCCAGACUAUCUUAGCUCAAACAAGCAAAAGAUUAAAAAUAAUAAUAGUUCCGAUAGUUCUAUCGAGGUACAAAUUGGUACUGACCCUGAUCCAUGGUCUAAAAUAAAGAUACCAGAAAAUGGUGGAAGAAUGAAUAAACGUCAAUCUACAAGUGCUUUACGCCUUCAUAGCCUUACAAAUUCUAGCUUGCCACGGCUAAAUAGACCUGUCCCGAAGAAGCAGCCGCGUCGUAGCAGAAGAAACCAUAUCAGCUUAAAAGAUAAUCAACUUAAAGGAUCUGAUUUCUUCAAUAAUUAUACUAGGCAGACCAUAGCAAGAGAUUGGUCGCCUAUGCGAAAAAGGUUAGUAGCAUUAGUAGCCUGUCUAAGUACGGCACUAAUCGGCAUUCUCGUUGGUAUAUACGCUGGAGAGACGCCAGCUAUUCAGUACUAUAUCGUCGACUUCCACCACUAUACAGUACUAGGGAAUGUUUUCUUUUUUUUAGGUCUAGCGAUUCCUACAUUUUUUGCUUGGCCAUUACCCCUUCUUCACGGUCGUAAACCAUAUAUUCUUGGCGCCAUGUCUAUUGCCCUGCCCCUAUUAUUUCCGCAAGCUCUUGCUGUCGGCAACAUGAGGUCACCAUACGUGUCGACUUGGCGAGUAGGCCUCAUUCUAUCACGAACUAUGAUGGGGUUUUUUCUUGGGUUUGCCAAUAUGAACUUCAAAGCUAUGUUGACCGAUCUUUUUGGCGCCUCCCUUCAAAGUACAAAUCCACACCAAGAGUUUGCAGAUAAAUUUGAUGUCAGACGCCAUGGUGGUGGCAUGGGCAUAUGGCUCGGUCUAUGGACCUGGUCUACUCUUGGAUCUAUUGGGCUUGGUUUUUUCAUUGGAUCGACCAUUAUUGACACUCUUCCGCCUAGUUGGGGGCUCUAUAUUAGUAUUGUAAUAAUUGCAUUCGUGAUGUUGCUCAAUGUUGUGUGUCCCGAGGUCCGUCGCUCGGCAUUCAGAAAAUCUAUGGCCGAGGUAGUUACUAAAAACGUACUGUCUCAUAGACUAGCUCGUGGGGAAGUUAAGAUGCACAUGGUCAAAAGUGGCCCCAAGUGGUGGGGGGAAGAGCUUUACUAUGGAAUUAUUCUUUCGAAAAAAAUGCUUCAACAACCUGGAUUUCUGGUUCUCUCUCUAUACGUCGCAUGGAUCUAUGGCCAGCAGGUUUUAAUAAUUACGCUGCUCGCUGCAUUAAUGUCUAAGGACUAUAAUUUUAGAUCACCUAUAGUAGGUCUUAGUGUCAUGGCAAUUCCAUUGGGUGCACUAUUUGCUAUACCAUUCCAAAAGGCUUCCCUCUUUAGUCGGUCACGUCGCACUCCACCUAUUGAUGACGAUGGUACGCUUUCUAAAAGGAAGAUUCACUGGUCCUCUCAUAUGCUACGACGGGCUAUUUUUGUACUUAUUCUCCCCAUUUUUGGCAUCAUUUUUACGAUAUCUACGAAUGGGCCUUCUAUCCCUUUUAUAAUACCAGUUUUGAGUGCAGGAGUCAUCGGGUUUCUUUCCGGUCUUGCGAUGGCUGAGUGCCAUGGUAUAAUUAUGGAAACCUUUGAUACAUCAGAUCUUCAACCUGGUAUGAUUGGUCGUCCUCGUGGCGCUUCUGGUGAGAAGACUGCCGCGAAGCGAACCAAUUUCUCUUCAUUUCCCAGGAUAAAUUCUGCUGUCGCUAUUACGGAAACUUUCGGGUACAUAUUUGCAGCUGGAGCAACGGGUAUCGGUGGCGUGUUGACCCGGCGUCUUGGUCAGCAGGCAGCAACGGGCGUGAUGGCUGGUAUCCUUUUCAUCUUAUCUAUACUUCUUUUAAUAGUUCUUUUACGAUUUACAGAGGUUCAAAUCAUUCCUGAAUCUAAGCUAGGAGAGAUGAGUCGGUAUCAGGCUCGUCGUGCUUCACAAAAGCGCCGUGAUUCGGGGGAAGAUACAGAUGAUGAGCCCUGGCGACCGGUAAUUAUUGGGAAUCCACAUCAGAGUACUCGCAGAAUGUGUUUGCUUGAGCUUGGAUCUCUUUCUCGUUACUCUGAAAUAAGGAAAAGGAAUCGACUAAUUGAUAAGAUGAGUUUUGAGGCUGCACACCCCAACCGCAAUGCUAUGGCUAAUCUAGAACGAAAAAUAAAAGAAAAAGAGGCCGAUGUCCGACGUAGCAUUAUACGAAGCAUGUCUCAGAGUUCUUUUGGUAGCCGAAUGAACCAUCGAAAGAGUGUCCGAGUAAAUUAUCGAAAGAGUAGCCGAAAGGGUAGUGGAAGGAGUGAGGGUAAUGAACAUAGUCCCCUGGGCACUUUAAUCGACGACCUUGGAAGAGGUAGGCAUCUGCAGACUGAGGAUUAUAGCAAGGAUACAUUAGGGGUGCGAAGAAUAACGGAGUAA